AUGACCUGCUCUUUUCAUCCGUUCCCUAAACUGCCCGCUGAGCUUCGGAUCCAAAUAUGGGAUGCAGCAUGUCUUUCCUAUGAUCUCUACAGUCUCCGUGGAAUUGGGAUGCAUUACAUUGAUUUGGAUCCCAGUGCUGACGAUACUACCAUCUUGGCCUAUCACAAAUCCACGGCGGAUGCUGUUGACGGAGAUGAUCACUCGGCCUGCUUGGUUCACGCGCUAUUGACAACCUGCAAAGAGUCACGGUAUGUUGUAUCACGAUACUGGAAUCACUAUCGCUAUGGAGAUAUGUCUGUUCCGCCUGCAAUGCUACCUGUCCGCGAGAUUGGAGGAGUUUGGCAUGCUCCUGUUUGCCCGGCUAAAGAUAUCUUUUGCAUCAAGUCAAAGACCUGGAAUACACCCGACAACCAUAUGGGAAUCUGGCAAAUCAAGAUUCCAGACUUCACCUCACAACAAUUAUGGACCACGAAUAUCCAAAACAUUGCAUUUGAGUUUGACAAAUCUUGGAACAAAGACCUCCCGAAACGCUACCUUGAUCUCAUGUCAGAGACCUCGGCCCGUGGAUGUCUCUCACGUUUCCUUUACAACAGAUAUCUCAAUAGUUCAACUACGCCUAAGAUUUGGAUCAUAGUGAAGAAUGGUCAAUGGACAAUUGACCCUGAUCAUCCCCUAAAACCAUUCCAUGAUUGCGAUACAGAAUAUGUCUCGGUCUCCGAGUACUUUUCAUGCCGCCACUGUCGUAGGACCCAUGAUUUCGAUGGAGUCUUUGAAAGCGUCAGAUCGUUUACAAAUAGUCUCGAUAAUCUUGGCGUGGCCGGGACUUUUAACCUAGAGUCUCACAUAUCAAGAAAUAUCAAGUUCCUUGCUCAUCGGGAUAUGCAAAUUGAUCUUUGUACAGGACGAGGACCUCAUGAGGAUGAGAAGGAGGAUGAUGAUGAUUCUGACUUGGGGUUCUGA